UUCUGGCUGUCAGGGCAACACCUAGAAAGGAAAAAAACACACAUCCCGACUACGCGCCCGAAGCCCGUAAUAUGGGCCCAUUUUAACACUACAAACCUACGCGUUUCGCCACUUUACCCUAUAAUACUACACGGGGAACCUGUUGUGAUUUAGCGCGUUUUAACGGUCGUUUGAGCCAUGUCGCGGGGCGCGCUGCAGCCGAGCCAGCAGAAGCUCGCGGAGAAACUGACGAUCCUGAAUGACCGAGGCGUCGGGAUGCUCACGCGCAUCUACAACAUCAAGAAGCAAGGACAAGUCUGGAAGGCUUGUGGAGAUCCCAAGGCAAAGCCCUCCUACCUGAUUGACAAAAACCUGGAGUCAGCCGUGAAAUUCAUCGUCAGAAAAUUCCCUGCCAUCGAGACACGCAACAACAAUCAACAGCUUGCACAACUACAAAAAGAGAAGUCAGAAAUACUGAAGAAUUUAGCCCUGUAUUACUUCACCUUCGUGGAUGUUAUGGAAUUUAAGGACCAUGUUAGUGAACUGCUGAACACUAUUGAUGUUUGCCAAGUUUUCUUUGAUAUUACCGUAAAUUUUGACCUCACAAAGAACUACCUGGACUUGGUGGUGACUUACACUACUCUGAUGAUGCUGCUUUCUCGAAUCGAAGAGCGCAAAGCGAUAAUUGGCCUUUAUAACUAUGCACAUGAAAUGACGCACGGUUCAAGUGAUCGAGAAUACCCCAGGCUUGGACAGAUGAUUGUGGAUUAUGAGAACCCGCUGAAAAAGUUGAUGGAGGAGUUUGUCCCUCAUGGAAAAUCGCUGUCAGAUGCACUGGUCUCUCUGCAGAUAGUGUACCCCCGCCGGAAUCUGUCUGCUGAUCAGUGGAGGAACGCUCAGCUGCUCAGUUUGAUUAGCGCUCCCAGUACAAUGCUCAACCCUGCUCAGUCCGACACGAUGCCCUGUGAAUACCUGUCUCUUGAUACCAUGGAGAAAUGGAUCGUCUUCGGGUUCAUCUUGUGUCAUGCGGCUCUGAACAGUGACCCUGCGGCCCUCAGUCUGUGGAAGUUGGCCCUUCAGAGCAGCUCUUGUCUCUGUCUGUUCAGAGACGAGGUAUUCCACAGCCACAAAGCUGCUGAGGAUCUCUUUGUAAACAUUCGCGGUUACAACAAGCGUGUCAACGACAUCCGUGAAUGCAAAGAAUCUGCUCUGUCACACGCGGGCUCCAUGCACCGAGAACGGCGCAAGUUCUUGCGAUCUGCCCUAAAAGAGCUGGCCACAGUGCUGGCUGACCAGCCUGGCUUACUGGGUCCCAAGGCUCUGUUUGUGUUUAUGGCUCUCUCCUUCGCCCGCGAUGAGAUAAUCUGGUUGCUCAGACACGCUGACAACAUCCAGAAGAAAAGCACAGAUGACUUCAUUGACAAGCACAUUGCAGAGCUGAUCUUCUACAUGGAGGAGUUGAGGGCACAUGUGAGGAAGUAUGGCCCUGUGAUGCAGAGGUACUAUGUGCAGUACCUGUCCGGCUUUGAUGCUGUGGUUCUCAAUGAGCUAGUACAGAACCUUUCUGUCUGCCCAGAGGACGAGUCCAUUAUUAUGUCAUCCUUCGUGAACACUAUGACCUCUCUCAGUAUUAAACAAGUGGAAGAUGGUGAGGUGUUUGAUUUCAGAGGCAUGAGGCUGGACUGGUUUAGACUGCAGGCUUACACCAGCGUGUCCAAGGCCUCACUCGGACUGGCAGAUCACAGGGAGCUGGGCAAGAUGAUGAACACCAUCAUCUUCCACACAAAGAUGGUGGACUCUCUGGUGGAGAUGCUUGUGGAAACUUCAGAUCUGUCCAUUUUCUGCUUUUACAGCCGAGCCUUUGAGAAGAUGUUCCAGCAGUGUCUUGAGCUGCCCUCCCAGUCACGAUACUCCAUCUCCUUCCCUCUGCUCUGUACCCACUUUAUGAGCUGCACUCAUGAGCUCUGCCCUGAAGAGUCUCUAGAAUUUACUCAGAAUGAUGCCAAAAACAAAAAACAUCCAGUGAGGGGCAGUUCUGCGGAUGGAAACGCCUUGUUGAUGAGAGAGGUCAGCAGAGAUUGGCCAGACUGGUUCGAACUGACAAAGUCUACGAGGCACCACAUCGGCGACCGCAGCCUGUCCCUUUGCAACAUGUUCUUGGAUGAGAUGGCCAAGCAAGCCCGCAACCUCAUUACAGACAUAUGCACAGAGCAGUGCACCCUGAGCGACCAGCUGCUGCCAAAACACUGUGCCAAAACCAUCAGUCAGGCUGUGAACAAGAAGUCGAAAAAGCAGACGGGAAAGAAGGGCGAACCAGAGAGAGAGAAACCUGGUGUGGAAAGUAUGAGGAAGAACAGGCUUCUUGUAACCAAUCUGGACAAACUGCACACUGCUCUGUCAGAGCUCUGCUUCUCCAUUAACUACGUACCCAACAUGAUGGUUUGGGAGCACACCUUUACUCCACGAGAGUACCUGACCUCCCACCUGGAGAUCCGCUUCACCAAGUCCAUAGUCGGGAUGACCAUGUACAACCAGGCCACACAGGAGAUCGCCAAACCGUCAGAGCUGCUGACCAGUGUGCGGGCCUACAUGACAGUGCUGCAAUCCAUUGAGAAUUAUGUGCAGAUUGACAUCACCAGAGUGUUCAACAACGUGCUGCUGCAGCAGACCCAACACCUGGACAGCCAUGGAGAACCAACGAUCACCAGCCUCUACACCAACUGGUAUCUGGAGACUCUACUGCGGCAGGUUAGCAAUGGUCACAUUGCGUACUUUGCUGCUAUGAAGGCCUUUGUCAACUUGCCCACUGAAAAUGAGCUCACCUUCAAUGCCGAAGAGUAUUCCGACAUAUCUGAAAUGUGUUCCUUGUCUGAGCUGCUAGGUCCGUACGGGAUGAAGUUCCUCAGUGAGAGCCUCAUGUGGCACAUCUCUUCACAGGUGGCUGAACUUAAGAAACUUGUGGUGGACAACGUGGAGGUUCUGACCCAGAUGAGAACCAGCUUUGACAAGCCGGAUCAUAUGGCAGCGCUCUUUAAGCGACUCACAUCGGUUGACAGUGUGCUAAAGCGGAUGACCAUCAUCGGCGUGAUUUUGUCGUUCCGCUCUCUGGCUCAGGAAGCUCUUCGAGAUGUACUGUCAUGCCAUAUUCCCUUCCUGGUGAGCUCUGUGGAAGACUUCAAAGACCACAUCCCUCGUGAAACUGACAUGAAGGUUGCCAUGAACGUGUACGAGCUGUCUUCCGCUGCAGGCCUGCCCUGUGAGAUCGACCCUGCUCUGGUCGUGGCUCUGUCUUCGCAGAAGUCUGAGAAUAUCAGCCCAGAGGAAGAGUACAAGAUCGCCUGCCUGUUGAUGGUCUUUGUGGCCGUUGCCAUGCCAACCCUGGCCAGCAAUGUGAUGUCACAGUACAGUCCUGCAAUAGAAGGUCACUGCAACAACAUUCACUGUCUGGCCAAAGCGGUAAACCAGAUUGCUGCAGCGCUCUUCACUAUCCACAAGGGCAGCAUAGAGGAUCGGCUGAAAGAGUUCCUCGCACUUGCCUCCUCCAGUCUGCUGAAGAUUGGACAGGAGACAGAUAAAACCACUACACGGAACAGAGAGUCUGUUUACCUGCUUCUGGACAUGAUCGUUCAAGAAUCACCAUUCCUCACCAUGGAUCUCUUGGAAUCCUGCUUCCCGUACGUUCUGCUCCGGAACGCCUACCAUGCUGUGUACAAGCAGUCUGUGUCCACUUCUACAUAAGAUUUCCUCUGCGUACUACACUCAAGGGGCAGAGACUUGAGCCCUCAUUCCAUACUACUCUGUAGGAUUCUCCAACAUUUUAGUCUUACCAGUAUGAGACUUUUAAAAGGAUCAAAACUUUUAUGACACUGAGGGGAAAAAAGGAAUUAAAAAAAAUUGGCUUAUUGACCACUUACAAUAAUCAAGUUUUAUCCCAGGGACUAGUGACACUAAAUAGCAUUUUUGACCUUUUCUUUUGGUUGUGUUUUAAUUUGCAAUGGUUAAAAAUGGGAUCAAACACAUCAAAUAGUGAAAUGUGUGUGUUGGGAUUUGGGGGGGAGGGCUAUGGUGAAUUAUAAAAACUCUACAUCAUUCUAAAUGCUUGUUAAGAUGUCAGAUGCUUCUAUGAAACAGUGAUUCUUCUUUUGAUGUUGUUCUAGAUCUAAUCCGUGUGGGUUACUGCGUGCUCUUUUUCUUUCUUUCUCUCCCUGUGAAUUUGCAUUUGUUUUCAUUACACUUUUGUGUUACUUUGACAUAUUUGCCAAAUCAAUGGAUACAACAGCAUCUCAUUUGGAUUGAAACAGCAGAAUUGUGCAUAACUGCGUGUUCAAAAAGCAACCCAGUGUUGUUUGUACAAAGCAUAGUAUAAUUUUUUAACUAACUUUCAUGAUGCCUUGUGGCAUUGACACUCCAUUGUACCUAUCUGUGAGCUAUAAUAAACAUUCUUACAUAUUUAUUGAAUGUUUUUCAAUUGUUUUUACCCCUCCUGUAACCAGUUUCAUAUGUUUUGAUUUUUUUUUUUUUUUUUUUAAUGACAGUGUAUCUUCCAUAACAUGAAUAAACAUCAGGUCAUAUGCAG